GCUUCCGCCUGGUGACGUAGAAUGUCGGCGACCCCCGUAGUCCUGCCGACGCAGGUAGCGCAGGAUGGCGCCGGCGAGGCCGGCUGCGAGGUGGCGGAGCGGAGGAGGAUUUGCAUCGCGUGGGGACGGGACGCCACAGGGCGGAUUCAAGAACCAGAGCGGGAAACGCAGGACCUGGCGGCCUAGCCCCCAGCAAGCCUUCCGGGGGAGCGUUCGCGAGGGACAAGGUUUUGCAUUUCGGAGGAAACUGAAGACCCAGCAAAAUUACAAGAAAUUGCUAUGGAAGGUAAAGAAGGCGCCAGUGUCACAGGAAUCCCAGUUCACUGAUCAUUACCCAGACCAUCUGAAGCACCUCUAUUUAGCUGAAGAAGAAAGGCUCAGGAAACAGCAGAGAAAGGUUGGCCCACCUCCAUCUGAAGAUCAAGUUGACCAGCCCCUGCCUGAAGAAGAGUGCAACCCUGAGCAGAUGUUGUCUGAAGUUCCAUCUAGUGAUCGCCAGCCUCAGCCAGAACAGCUGUAUACAGUAAAUUCUGAUACUACUCCAAAGAAAAAGAAGAAGAAAACUUCAAACCAAAAGGCACAAGAAGAGUAUGAACGGGUACAAGCAAAGCGUGCAGCUAAGAAAUUCGAAUUUGAAAUGAGAAAGCAAGAAAGAGAAGAAGCCCAAAGGCUCUACAAGAAGAAAAAAAUGGAAGCUUUCAAAAUACUGAGCAAAAAGACUAAAAAGGGCCAGCCAAACCUGAAUUUACAAAUGGAGUAUCUUCUUCAGAAAAUACAAGAGAACAGUUAAAAUAGACAUUUUGUCUUUAAAGGUUAAAUUUUGACUGACUGUUGCAUCCUUUUGUAUGUGUGGGGAGCUCCCAACAGUGAACUAAAUUUGUUGACAUCAAUGGAUUGAUAAAUUUUGUAAUAGAAAAAAUUCUAUAUAUAUAUUCUCCACAAAGAAUGACUUUAUCCUGAACUUUAAAAACCUUCAAUGGAAUUUUUAUGAAAUAAACUGUUUUGAAAUAGGA